ACCAAAACGGAAAUAGCAUUGGACGUGACCCCGGCCCUCCCGCAGCGGCAUUGCCUAAAUUGAACACAAGCAAUCCCGACCGUCGGGAGAUCGGCGCUGAGGCUGAAUUACCAUCACAACAAUUGCAUGCUCACAAACCGAGAAAGUCAUCGACAUUCUCGUUGCAACAUCAGGCGCUCCUAGACUACAUCUAAAUACCAUACCAUUUACAGGCCUCCGACUCAGCUGCAUCUGAUUCGCCAUGGAUAGCCUUCCGGCACAUGGAACAGAAACGCCCAAAGCCGACUUGGCGUCCACUCACCGGCUACCCACCGUUUCGGCUGCGGAUGCGCUCGAGGAGCUGCGGAUUGAUCGGACGCGAUUUAUUUCAACUGGACUUGAUGCGCUAGACCAGAACCUCGGCGGUGUUACUGCGGGCGCCGCCGACGCUGUUUCCUGUCCUCGUGGCAUCCAGAAAGGCCAAGUCGUCGAGGUUUGGGGUCCGCCUGGAUCUGGCAAGACAGCUUUCGGCAUCCAGGUAGCUGCCAGCGCCUUGCGGAAUGGUGGCAAGGUCGUAUGGGUAGACGCAUUUCGCUCCGUUUGUGGGACCAGAAUUCUUGAAAUAAUGGAAGAUGCCGACGAAGGCGGAGAUGAAUCAAACCGCAAACAGCUGGACAGUCUGCUUCAUUUCACAUGCCCCAGCCUUGCACACUUUAUUGCGCUUCUUUGUAGACCCACCGCGUCUUGUAUACCUGAAGCCGCAUCACUGCUAGUGGUGCAUUCCCUUUCAGCCCUUCUGAGCCAGUCUUUCCCAAGAGUCCAGGAGGCUCGCAAUGGCCCAAAAGGCGCCCGGCGGUUACAAGUGCUCCAAACCAUCAUCUCCAGUCUUCAAAAGCUCGCUGCGACUCGAGAUAUGGCGGUCGUCGUUUUAAGCCAAUGCGCAACUAGAAUGCAACCGGAACGCGGUGCUACACUCGUACCAUCUAUCAAUGCUGGGGUGUGGGAACACGGAAUCGCUACACGUUUGGUCACUUUCAGAGAUUGGAUAUUCAAAGACGGUGCCGCAUCUGGAGCCCAUUCCAUUGCUGUGCAAAAAUUGAACGGAAAAUCCCGUCGAGGACGGAUCGGACCAACUUUCUGCUUUGAUGUUCAGGCUACAGGACUUGUUCCCAUCGAGUAUGACGAUAACCAGCCCUCUAUAACGCUCUCAUCAACACCACUCCCCAAGAGGAAACUCGGUGAAACGGAUUUCGAGAUCGCCGACAGCGAGGACGAAGACUAUGGAUGGGAAAACGAAGAUGAGACGGAAAUGCCGCCUAACCCGGUGAGCAACCUCCACAAGCAUAUUCCCCAUCUCCGGAGCAAGCGUGGCCUCGAUUAAUCCGGUGGACGAUGCUUUGCUCUUCGAGACAUGAUAUGGAAUUAUCACCUAGCUGCCGGAUUGUUUUGACUCUACUUUGCACGUCAACUAAUAUUUGUGGUCGCAGUCCCAAUGGCAAGGUAGUGAGGACCUUGACAUGGGCCAGCCCGACGAUGAAGGAAACCGCACGGACGACGCUCCUGAAGGCCACUCCACUGACGA